AUGCCGAAAAGAACAGAAGGAUCUGUGAAUUUUUCUCAAUCAAUUGAUUAUGAUGAUAGUGACAGUGAUGGUAAUGAAAACGAAGAUAAUAUUAGUGAUAAUGAUUACGAAGUUGAAAAGUCGAAUAAAAUUCAUGAAAAUCUUCCAAGUUUAUCACAAAUACUAAUAGUUGCACGUUUAUUAGGAAAGCGUGAAUUUAUUUUAUGUCGAAAUGGUACAAAAAAAUUUUUCAAUAAAGUACGUCAAUAUCGAGAAUUAUCUCAAUUCGAUAAAUCAAACGACGUUAAUUUUGGAUCAAGAAUGGGCAAAGCAGCAGAAAUAUUAUGUAAACUUGCUGCCAUUGCCGAAAUAUUAAGAAUAGCUAUCGAAAUAUUACAAAUUCUUCGAGCUCAAAAUCAACUUCAUUAUGAUGAUACUAGUCUUGUAUUCAUUCGAAAUGCAACCAGUUUGAUUGAACGUAAAUAUUCAUCUUCAAACAUUGUAUUAGAAAUUCACUCAUCAAGUUGUCGUAUUGCUGGUCAACUUGUAUGUAGUCAUCUGGUUAAAAUGUUAUUUGCAUUAUAUAAUAUUGAGCCAAAUGAUUUAGUUCAUUCAACAGUACCAACAAUUCGUCAACGCAUUAUUCAAAUGCCUCAACUUUUUUUUCUAAAACGAGAGUUAACAGGAUCUAUGGGUUUACUUCGUCAUUUUCCUACCGAUUUGGUUAAUACUGUUAUUGAUGAAUUAGUAAAUUAUCAAUUAAUACGACGAGGACCAUAUAUACGUACUACUUCGCGUGGCAUAGUUCAUAUGAAAUCAUUUCCAUCUGAUAACAUAUUAAAUGAUCCAAUAAAACGGAAUAUGAUCAAUCAAUUAUUGACUGAAAUUAAAAUGGAUUUAACAAGUUACAUGAUAAUAUUAUGUAAUAGUAGUAUUAAAGACAAACAAAUAUUAACUACAAAUGGUAUACAAAUGUUAUUACUUCCUGAACAUAAACAAUUAUAUGAAAAUUUAAAAAAAAACUAUCCAAAUCAUAAUUUCGAUAUGUAUAUUCAUUUUUUAAAAGAAAAAACAGCUGUCAUAACAAAUGAAAAUGUACCUAAUCAUAAUGUUUUCCCAUUACCUAAUUUUUUAAAUCAACUAUGUACACAAUUACAUGCCAAUACCAACAUGAAUCAAUUUUCUAACAUGUCAUUAUGUGGAAAUAUAAAUGCAAUAUCAUCUAUAAAUAAUAAUUCAAAUGCAAUCCCCAAUAAAUCAAACAUAAAUAAUGAUAUUUUUUCAACAAUUGAAUUAAAUAAUAUUGUGUCUUUGAAUACUAACGAAACUUUAUCUACAUGUACACAAACUAGUGUUGUUCCUACUGCAAACAGUAUAUUAAUAUUUAAAGGUGCAUAUCAAUAUAUAAUUCAUAUUUUGUAG